UGCUAAUASUAUAGAAUGUGUUUACAGCCGUUGUUAACCAACUUAAAUACCCUGACCCUAUGUGUCUUUCUUYCUCCACAGAUCCUGAACAAAUACGAGUCCUGGAUCUCGUUUCUUAGCAGCGUCCGUUACUGGAUGGCCUUCAACAUCGAGCGAGCGUGUCAGUCCUACUUCGGCUGCGUCCAGUGCAUCAGCGGACCACUGGGAAUGUACAGGAACAACCUGCUCCACGAGUUCAUAGAGGAUUGGUACAACCAGACYUUCAUGGGCAGCCACUGUAGCUUCGGCGAYGACCGCCACCUCACCAACCGCGUGCUGAGCCUGGGCUACGCCACCAAGUACACGGCCCGGUCCAAGUGCCUGACCGAGACCCCCAUCACCUACCUGCGCUGGCUGAACCAGCAGACCCGCUGGAGUAAGUCCUACUUCAGAGAGUGGCUCUACAACGCCAUGUGGUUCCACAAACACCACCUCUGGAUGACCUACGAGGCUGUCAUCACCGGGUUCUUCCCCUUCUUCCUCAUCGCCACGGCGAUACAGCUGUUCUACCAGGGGAGGAUCUGGAAUAUCCUUCUCUUCCUGUUGAUCGUCCAGGCGGUCGCCCUCAUCAAGUCCUCCUUUGCCUCCUGCAUGAGGGGCAACAUYGUCAUGGUCUUCAUGUCCUUCUACUCAGUKUUGUACAUGUCCAGUCUGCUACCGGCCAAGAUGUUCGCUAUCGCCACCAUAAACAAGGCCGGCUGGGGCACGUCAGGGAGGAAGACGAUCGUGACUAACUUCGUAGGGCUCGUUCCCAUAUCGGUCUGGUUCACCAUCCUCUUCCUUGGCAUUAUCUAUACGGUCGUCCAGGAAACCAGAAAAGAUGUUCCUUUUCCAGACUCUGAAAAGAUAGUGUUAAUGGUGGGUGCGAUAGUGUACGCCAGCUACUGGGUCAUGCUGUUGACGUUGUACAUGGUGCUGAUCACUAAAUGUGGCAAGAGGAAGAAAGAACAGCAGUAUGAUAUGGUGCUGGAUGUAUGACAUCUCCYUCCUUUCCUCCUCAUCCUCCUCCUCCCCUGAAACUCCUCGGUUGGGUCUUAAACGCCACUCUAUUUCCUGCAUAGUGCACUACUUUUGACCAGGGUCCAUAGAGGGCUCUGGUCAAAAAGUAACACACUUUUUUUUUUAGGGAUCAGGGUGCAGUUUGAGGCGCAGACUAUCUCCCUCUCAACAACGUUUACAAAGUGAAGAAUCUCAAACUGCUCAUUGAUUGUUGGACUCUCGACGGKUGACGUGAAGUGAGGAUGCCAGGAGAGCGAUAUCAUUGCUGCUGUGACUGACUGCAACAAGGAACUACAGAUAUUUUCUUCUGAAACAUUAUGAUGAUGAGGUAAAAAAAAAUAAUUGGGAAAUUGAACUCUUGAUGGUGAUGUGUUUUGCCAAAUGGAAAACCACCAAACGGACAUCCUGUUUUUCCACAUAGAUACACAGAGAUGAUAUGCAUAAUGUCCUAUGCACUUUUACGUCUCACUCCCAUUGUGCAUAAUGCUUGACAGAGUCAUUUGAAGAUGAAAUACCUCAGUGGUUAAGCUUUUCAUUGUAUGAGUGAGUGAUCGGGAUGGCUCAGAAAAUGGCUCGUUCUUGAUUAUAACAUAAUUUAUGAUGUUUUUGGUCAUAUUUGUCUUUUUUUUUUAUACACAGUUCUUAAUGAAAGUCAAAGCUGGAAUUUCUCAGUUCUUUUGGCCAUGCUGUAUCUGUUGACUUGUUACUUUGUAAGUUACAUAUUAUAUUUUAAUGCCUUUUUAUAUAGACUUUUUUUUAAAUUCUAUUUUUGCUUUAAUAACCACCAAAGAUUCUUUAUUUUCAUUCAUUUUKAUAUAAAAUGGAGAGAAAAAAAUGCAUUGUGCAUUCAACUGUUAUAACAAUGACGUGUGUAUCUGACCAAAAAAUGUGAAGUUAACAGCUGGGGUUUUGUCUGCAAUGAUAACAAUAAAAUGCAAUUCUAGGGAUAAGUUAUUGAAUACAAGAAGGGUGAUUAACCUGUGUUUUUUUUAUGUACAAUGAGAGAAAACCAGCAAUAUUUAUAAGAACAUUCUGUGGUUUUCUAGAUAAUUCUAUAUUUAAUAAUAUACAUUUCAUAAUAGACCUUAUAGAGACCGUCGUUCGUUUUGGAGAGGUAGCYGUUCUGCAGGAUUUUKCUCCAGCCCUAAUUUUAACAUAGCCUUUCGCAAAUCUAAAUUAGCAAGACAGCACAAACAGAUCUGGGACCAGGCUAGCUCUAACACACUCUAUUCUACUGAUCAGCACAAACUGAUCUGGGACCAGGCUAGCUCUAACACACUCUAUUCUACUGAUCAGCACAAACUGAUCUGGGACCAGGCUAACUGUUACUGCAGGGCUGGAGCAAAAGCCUGCCACGCAGUAUCUCUUCAGGCGGCGGUUUUGACCACCUCUUGCCUUACUGUAGGACUUCCUGAAAUAGGUUUYAAGGUUUCAUACGAGUUCACAUGAGGACAUUCGUCACAAGAUGCAUUCUGAAAAUUGCAUAAACAAUGCGUUAAUCCACAUCAGAUUAAAAUCCCAAAAGAUACAUUUUCGCAAAAAUGUAAUGAUCUAUUCCGGAGUACAUACUCUUUAGAAUCUUAUUAGAAUUGAUCAGACCGAAUAUUGAACCGUGACUUUGGGAUCAUGGGUAGUAAGUAUUAUCAUGAAGCACUUUUGUGUUGUGCCAAAAAAUAAAAAAAUAAAAUAUCUUA